GGGUGGAAAAGGGGGGGGGGGGGGACGUGUAAAGGCGCCGGGGACGGCGGUUUCCUCAAGGCCGUGUUUUCGCUCUGGUUUCCCGGCUUGUGAAGGCGCAGGAGGCAAGUGAGGGGCCCAGGGGCUGUUCGUGGGAGGCAGUUGCAGUCUCUAGCCUAACGGCUUUAACCGAGAGCAACGAAACCGGAGGGCGGCGGGGGUAAGCCGGUUCCGGGUCCCCUCAGGCAGGGCGUAGAUAUGUCAGAACACAUCAAGGAUCCCUCAACUAUCAAUGAACCUCAUCUGGCUCCAGAAGAAAUCCAGUCUGACUCUGAGGACUGUUCAAUGGCUCAAGAAUCCCCCAAAAAUUCAGCUGCUGAGAUUCCAGUAACUAGUAAUGGAGAACUUGAGGAUACACAUGAGCACAAUUUUAAUAGGGACCUGAAACGCUCUAUACCAGCUGGACUUGGUCUGUCUGAAACCCAGAUUACAUCUCAUGGCUUUGACAAUACCAAGGAAGGGGUCACUGAAGCCGGACCUUUUCAAGGCAAUAUACGAAUGCAACAAAAAAGUGGACCAGUUGUUCUGGCAGAUGAGGUGAAGAAUCCAGCCAUGGAAAAACUGGAACUUGUGAGAAAGUGGAGCCUAAACACUUAUAAGUGCACUCGUCAAAUAAUCUCUGAAAAACUGGGCCGAGGUUCACGAACAGUAGAUCUGGAGUUGGAAUCCCAAAUAGAAAUCCUGAGGGAUAACAAAAAGAAAUAUGAAAACGUCCUGAAACUGGCACAGACAUUGUCUACACAGCUUUUCCAGAUGGUGCAUACACAAAGACAACUUGGUGACGCAUUUGCAGACCUGAGUUUGAAAUCAUUAGAACUCCAUGAAGAGUUUGGAUAUAAUGCUGAUACUCAGAAACUCCUUGCUAAAAAUGGAGAAACUCUUCUUGGAGCAAUUAACUUUUUUAUUGCCAGUGUGAACACUUUGGUGAAUAAAACUAUUGAGGAUACAUUAAUGACUGUAAAGCAGUAUGAAAGUGCCAGGAUCGAAUAUGAUGCUUAUCGCACAGAUCUAGAAGAACUGAAUCUUGGCCCACGUGAUGCAAAUACUUUGCCAAAGAUUGAGCAGUCACAACAGCUAUUUCAGAUGCAUAAAGAAAAAUAUGAUAAAAUGCGUAAUGAUGUAUCUGUUAAAUUGAAGUUUUUGGAGGAAAACAAGGUCAAGGUACUGCACAAUCAGCUUGUUCUGUUCCACAAUGCCGUUGCAGCAUACUUUGCAGGGAAUCAGAAGCAGCUUGAACAGACACUUAAACUAUUCCAUAUCAAAUUGAAAACACCUGGAGCAGAUGCGCCAUCUUGGCUUGAAGAGCAGUAAAAAGCCCUGGCAUGAAGAUCCAUGGUCAUCUUAGAAUCUUAAGACUCAAGGAACUUGGAUAAAAAUGACCUUUUGCAGUCAUAUACGUGCAAACGGCUUUAAUUUCUUUUCCCUUGAUAAAGAAUACCAUAGUAAUUGAGGGGGAGAGGGGUGAAUUUAAUGUAACCAAAUGCAAUUUGUCAUUUCAAAAACAAAUCUUUUUUACAAGAAGGGGGUGAUGGCUAUUUCUGUAGUAGGGAAUUAAUAGAGAUUUGCACUGACAAAUGUUUGUGGUCUCUGGCAAUUAUGGUGGCUAAAUGAGAAAUAUCUAAAAGCAGAGGUUCCUGGUUUGUAUCAACAUCUGAUAUUUUAUAUAUGUGUAUUAAAUUUCUCUAAAUAUUCUUUUUUCAUAUAAUUGAGUUUUGAAAAAAAAAAUAUUUUCCAGAAUAAUAAUAUAAGGCCUUUUUGCAGCAUCCACGAAAUAUCAGCUUCCUGGCUGAUACGUGGAACUGCAGCAAUACCUUUUUAAAAAUUUGAUCUUUCCAUUGUGUAUUCAGAAACACUAAAUGUAGAUUUUUUUUUACCUUCUUGAUCUAAAAUGUUGAACACAAAGUAUAGCACUGUAAAGAUGACCUGCCAGGGAAGUAGACUUUUUCCAUACUAAUUCAAUUUUUAACUUUCUAUUUAAAAAUGCCAUAGUUGCCUUAAAUUCAGAAGUGCCUUUUCCAGCUUUUCUUCAACAACAGUAUGAAUAAUAUGUAGGAAGUCCUCUUUUGGUUCUCUUUUUUUAAAAAAACCCAACAAAAGGCAGACUAAGGCCAGUCUGAAACAUGUGCUUGUUUGAACUGCAGGCCAUGUCACAGUGGGGGUUUUGUGACUUAUUCUGUUCCUUUUUUUCCCAGUCAGUGGUAUAACCCUUAUUAAAAGUACAAUUCUGUUUACUCUUAUAGGCUUUUAAAAUUAUUAUUUUUGAGCAUCCUCAUUUGCACAUGUUCUACUGCUCUUUGUGUUUAUAUGAUGAACUACUUAACUUAUCACAGCUUAUAUGGAUUGUAUAAUUAUGUAUUAUAUGUUGAGAGAUUCUGUUGCUUCAUAAAAUGAUUGGUUUCAGUCUUAAUGUAAAAUAUGUAUCAGUUACAUUUAAAAUCAUUCCCUCUUAUUUUACUGUCUCAGAUUUUCAUGAUUUUUGCUGUUUAGGUGUUUUCUCUUAUAAUAAUGUUACCAUUCCUUAGAAUGUUAUCUUUGUAUUCAUACUAAAGGUGUUUGCUGCGGUUUUGUUUCCUUGACUUUAUUGGAUUUAUGCAUUAAAACCAUCCACAAACUUUCUUUUCCUA